AUGAUUUUAGCAACUAUCAUUGCAAAUUGCAUUGUUUUGGCUAUGGAGCAGCACUUACCUGAAGGGGACAAGACACCGAUGUCAGAGCGUCUGGAUGACACUGAACCAUAUUUCAUUGGCAUCUUCUGCUUUGAAACUGGGAUUAAAAUUAUUGCUUUGGGCUUUGCAUUUCACAAAGGAUCGUACUUGCGUAAUGGCUGGAAUAUGAUGGACUUUGUGGUGGUUCUCACAGGAAUCGUGGCAUCUACAGGCCCGGAGUUUGACCUGAGGACACUUCGAGCCGUACGUGUGCUACGACCCUUGAAACUGGUCUCUGGAAUUCCAAGUUUACAAGUCGUGUUGAAGUCUAUCAUGAAAGCCAUGAUCCCUCUGCUCCAGAUUGGGUUGCUUUUGUUCUUUGCAAUCCUCAUCUUUGCCAUCAUCGGUCUGGACUUCUAUAUCGGCAAAUUCCACACAUCCUGCUAUGACCUUGCUGGAGAAGAUAUAAAGGUGGAAGGUCUUUGUGGUGUAGACGCCAAUUCACGUCACUGCCCUAACGAUACCGUGUGCCUCAGUCGCUGGGAAGGUCCCAAUAAUGGCAUUACACAGUUUGACAACAUACUGUUCGCGAUCCUUACAGUGUUUCAAUGUAUCACAAUGGAGGGAUGGACAGACAUCUUGUACUACAGUAACGAUGUGUUUGGCAGCACGUGGAACUGGCUGUACUUCAUCCCUCUUAUUAUAAUCGGAUCCUUCUUCAUGUUGAACCUUGUCCUGGGCGUCCUCUCAGGGGAGUUCGCCAAAGAAAGAGAGCGAGUAGAGAACCGGAGAGCCUUCAUGAAACUAAGAAGACAGCAGCAGAUUGAGAGGGAGCUUAACGGCUACAUGGAGUGGAUAUCCAAAGCAGAAGUUAUUCUGGCAGAGGAUGACAGCGAUGUGGAGCAGAGACUUGCGUACGAUGCCCUACGGAGACCGACCAUCAAGAAAAGCAAACCCGAGCUGCUGAACGCUGACGAGGGAGAGGAGCCCAUUGGAGAUAUCUCUUCAGUGGGCUCACCUUUCGCCCGCGCCAGCAUUAAAAGUACCAAGCUGGAGAACUCAUCAUACUUGCAUAAGAAGGAGAGACGCUUGCGUUUCCUUGUCCGGCGCAUGGUGAAGACUCAGGCUUUCUACUGGGUGGUCCUCAGCCUUGUAGCACUGAACACGCUGUGCGUGGCAAUCGUGCACUACAGCCAGCCGGAGGGGCUCACUCAGUUUCUCUAUUUUGCAGAAUUCAUUUUUCUUGGGCUCUUUAUGUCCGAAAUGUUUUUAAAAAUAUACGGUCUUGGGGCCAGGCCUUAUUUCCAUUCGUCGUUUAACUGCUUCGACUGCGCUGUUAUUACCGGUAGCAUCUUUGAGGUGAUCUGGGCGAUGAUCAAACCCGGAACCUCUUUCGGGAUUAGCGUCUUAAGAGCCCUCCGUUUGCUGCGCAUUUUCAAAGUUACAAAGUACUGGGCAUCUCUGCGAAACCUGGUCAUCUCCCUCCUCAGCUCCAUGAAGUCCAUCAUCAGUCUGUUGUUCCUGCUUUUCCUUUUUAUUGUUGUCUUUGCCUUACUGGGGAUGCAGCUCUUUGGCGGGCAGUUCAAUUUUGAUGAAAAAACCCCUUCUACAAACUUUGACAACUUCCCUGCAGCAAUAAUGACUGUGUUUCAGAUUCUGACUGGAGAGGACUGGAAUGCCGUGAUGUACGAUGGUAUCAAGGCUCAGGGGGGUGUGAAUACGGGGAUGAUAUCCUCCAUCUACUUCAUCAUCCUCACACUCUUCGGUAACUACACUCUGCUGAAUGUCUUCUUGGCCAUCGCUGUGGACAAUCUGGCCAAUGCUCAGGAGCUGACCAAGGACGAGCAGGAGGAGGAGGAGGCAGCCAAUCAGAAGCUGGCACUGCAGAAAGCAAAAGAGGUGGCGGAGGUCAGCCCCUUGUCUGCUACCAACAUGUCUAUAGCAGCAAAAGAGCAGCAGAAGAAUCAGAAGAUGUCUGUUUGGGAGCAGCGUACAAAUGAAAUGCGCCGGCAGAAUCUGAUGAACAGUAGGGAGGCUCUGUACAGCGAGAUGGAUCCUGAUGAGCAUUGGAAGUUGUCCUUCAUGAAGCGUGAUGUUAAGACUCACCUGGACCGACCUCUGGUUGUGGACCCCCAGGAGAAUCGCAACAACAACACUAACAAGAGCAGACCUGGGGAAGGGAAAACACCCCUAGAACAGCGUCUAUCCCACCAGCGAGCAGAAGACUACCUUCGCAAGCAAGCAAGAUUUAAGGAGCGCGGUGGACGGGGCUAUGAAAUGGGGCAGGAGCCUGUACGCCGGCCGAGGAACAAAGAGCAGGACAUAACCCGUGAUGGGCAGGAUUUGGGGCUUCAAGACAGGAUAGGGGAAGUUGAUGGAGGAGUGCGCCUCCCCCAGGAUCCUCAUCGAAGACACAGGGGAGGAGGGAAUAAAGAAAGCCGUAGCGGGUCUCCUCUGCCAAGGGGUGAUGGUGAUCACCGCAGGCAUAGGGGUCAUCGCAGAACAGGAGAUGAAACAGAGGAUGUGAGUGGAGGGGGAGGGAAAGGUGGAGAUGGUGGUGGAGAAAGAAGACCACGGCAUGGUAGAGAUGGGGGAAGAAUGAGAGAAGGUGGUGGAGGCGGGGAAAAUGAAGGUCCAGAAGGGGACAGGAGAAGGAGGCAGCGCCACACUGCACAGUCCACUUACGACAAUGAUGUGAAGAGAGAAGACAGAGAAAGGAGACAUCGAAGAAGGAAGGAACCAACUGCUCCAGUUCCUGGUUCUGGUCCCAACCUCUCUACCACAAGGCCCAUUCAGGAUCGUUCCCGACAAGAGAACCAAAACCAGCACCCAGAGAACAUGGACAACAUCCGGAACACUAAGCUUGUGACCAGUGAACCCCCUGCGAGCGGAGGAGGAAUCAACCACAGCCCAGCCAAGCUUGGCAAUCACACCAACUGCGCCAAUAAUAACAGCAUUCCCGCCGGGAACUCUGCCCCUCGACGGACACCCCUGCCCACCAACUCUGGCCCCGCUCCCACCGCACCUGACCCAAGCCAGUUACACAGUAACCCAACAGAGACUGCCAAGGGGACUAAAACUGCCGAUCAGACAACCGUGGAUAUACCUCCCCCCUUCCCACCACCAGUGGAGAAUGCCAUCGGACAAGUUAGUAAGACAGUCGCCGUGUCUCCUCUGCCGGAGAAGGAGACUGAAAAGAAAGAGGAGGAAGAAGAAGAUGAUGAUGCAGGGAAGGGGCCCAAGCCUAUGCCCCCUUACAGCUCCAUGUUUGUUUUGUCCACCACAAACCCUCUCCGUCGCCUCUGUCAUUACAUCGUCACCAUGCGGUACUUCGAAAUGUGCAUUUUGCUGGUCAUCGCCAUGAGCAGUAUAGCCUUAGCGGCAGAGGACCCCGUCCAGCCUGAUGCCCCUCGGAACAACGUCUUGCGUUACUUUGACUAUGUUUUCACCGGUGUCUUCACUUUUGAGAUGGUUAUCAAGAUGGUGGAUCUCGGCAUCAUCCUCCAUCAGGGAGCCUACUUCCGAGACUUGUGGAACUUUCUCGAUUUUGUCGUGGUCUGUGGUGCUCUGGUGGCCUUCGCCUUCUCAGGUGGAAGCAAAGGAAAGGACAUCAGUACCAUCAAAUCCUUGCGAGUUCUCCGUGUCCUCCGUCCUCUGAAAACUAUCAAGCGUCUGCCCAAGCUGAAGGCUGUCUUCGACUGCGUGGUGAACUCUUUGAAGAACGUCCUCAACAUCCUCAUCGUGUACAUGCUCUUCAUGUUCAUCUUUGCCGUCGUGGCCGUCCAGCUCUUCAAGGGCAAGUUUUUCUACUGUACCGAUGAAUCUAAAGAAUUUCAGCGGGAUUGCAGGGGCGAGUAUCUAGUAUAUGAAAAAAAUGAGGUGAAGGCACAGAAACGAGAAUGGAAAAAAUGGGCUUUCCACUAUGACAACGUGCUGUGGGCUCUUCUCACCCUCUUCACGGUGUCCACGGGCGAGGGCUGGCCGGAUGUACUCAGGCACUCGGUGGACGCCACCUUUGAGGAUCAGGGACCGAGGCCAGGUUUCCGUAUGGAGAUGUCUAUCUUUUACGUGGUUUAUUUUGUGGUCUUCCCUUUUUUCUUUGUCAACAUUUUCGUGGCCUUGAUUAUCAUCACUUUCCAGGAGCAGGGAGACAAAAUGAUGGAGGAGUACAGCUUGGAAAAGAACGAGAGAGCCUGCAUCGACUUUGCUAUAAGUGCCAAGCCCCUCACUCGCCAUAUGCCACAGAACAAACAGAGUUUUCAGUAUCGCAUGUGGCAGUUUGUGGUGUCUCCCCCCUUUGAGUACACCAUUAUGGCCCUUAUUGCCCUCAACACGAUUGUUUUAAUGAUGAAGUUUCAUGGAUCUUCUAAUACAUAUGAUCAAGUGCUGAAAACAUUUAACGUCGUCUUCACCUCCCUCUUCUCUCUUGAGUGUCUGCUUAAGAUCAUGGCUUUCGGGGCCCUGAAUUAUUUCCGGGAUGCCUGGAAUAUCUUUGACUUUGUGACGGUUCUCGGGAGCAUCACAGAUAUUGUGGUGACGGAGUUCUGGGACAACUUCAUCAACCUUGGUUUUCUGCGUCUAUUCCGAGCCGCCCGUCUCAUUAAGCUCUUGCGGCAGGGCUAUACCAUCCGCAUCCUGCUGUGGACCUUCGUCCAGUCGUUCAAGGCUCUACCCUACGUCUGCCUCCUGAUCGCAAUGCUCUUCUUUAUUUAUGCCAUCAUCGGCAUGCAGGUGUUCGGUAACAUUGCCUUGGAUGAAGAAGACGAAGACACGGCCAUAACUGAGCACAAUAACUUUCGCACGUUUUUCCAAGCCCUCAUGCUUCUGUUCCGAAGCGCCACGGGGGAAGCAUGGCAUGACAUAAUGCUGUCCUGUUUGGGCGGGAAGGCCUGUGACAAGGGGUCUGGUAUAAAGGAGAAGGAAUGUGGCAGCGAAUUUGCUUAUUUCUACUUUGUGUCCUUCAUUUUCCUCUGCUCCUUCCUGAUGCUGAACUUGUUUGUUGCCGUCAUUAUGGAUAACUUCGAGUAUCUCACCCGAGACUCCUCCAUAUUGGGACCUCAUCACCUGGAUGAAUAUGUGCGAGUGUGGGCAGAGUAUGAUCCGGCUGCUUGGGGUCGCAUGAAAUACACAGACUUGUAUGAGAUGCUCAGACUUAUCUCGCCUCCCUUGGGUCUGGGGAAGAAAUGCCCUGCUCGAGUUGCUUAUAAGAGGCUGCUGAGAAUGGACCUCCCUGUCGCUGAUGAUAACACGGUGCACUUCAACUCCACUCUUAUGGCUCUUAUCAGAACAGCGCUGGACAUUAAGAUUGCCAAAGGUGGAGCUGAUAAGCAGCAGAUGGACAAAGAGCUCAGAAAGGAGAUGAUGGCCAUUUGGCCGAACUUGUCCCAGAAAACUCUUGAUCUGUUAGUUACUCCACAUAAAUCCACUGACCUCACCGUGGGGAAGAUUUAUGCUGCGAUGAUGAUCAUGGAGUAUUACAGACAGAGCAAAGCCAAGAGACUCCAGGCGUUGCAGGAGGAGCAGAAUCGGACCCCGCUCAUGUUCCAGAGGAUGGAGCCUCCUUCGCCCACGCAGGAUGGGCUCCUGGGACUGAAUGCUCUGCCGUCUUCCCAGCAGGAGCCAGGAGGGGAGAUGAGUAUACCUGAGGGUGGUAUGAAGGAAAGCCAGUCCUGGAUGACCCAAAAGGCCCAACAAAUGUUCCGUAACACCGGCACCUGGAGCCCAGAGAGGGGGCGCACACAAGAGAACACCAACAGUUGGCCGAAUUCUCAGUCGGUGGAGAUGAGGGAGAUGGCGUUAGAUGGUUUUUCAGACAGUGAACAGUACCUGGUGAUUGAGGAACACGGGAGAGCGUCAUCCAUGCCGAGACUACCGGCUGACAAUCAGCCGCGAAGGAAACCCCGCUCCAGAGGAAUUAAUCUCAGUACAAUUGCAGAUGGAAGCCCCAUGAAGCGGUCCACCUCUAUGCUUGGCCAUUCCCAGGCCAGAGGCAUUCGACUGAAUGAUUACUCCUUGGAGAGGGUGACGCCGGAAGAAGGACCUCGUCAUGGGCAUCAGCGCAGGAGGGAACGGGGACACCGGGUGUCUGAGAAGUCUCUCAACCGAUAUGGGGAUCUAGAAUCAGGUCUUGGCACAGAACUCAGCACUACAACGCAGUCAUGUGACCUGCCUUCUGAGGAGCGCGGACGUACCCGAGACCGAAAACAUCACCAUCAUCACCACCACCACCAUCAUCACCACCACCACCACGCCGGCUCCGAUCGGGAGCGCUUAGACUACGGGAGGCCAAAUUCACGUUCACCGAGUGGGGGCAGAGACUAUGCCCCACACCGACAGGGCAGUAGUUCAGUGGAUGGCAGCCCCGUGCCCUCAACCUCUGGGGCCAGCACACCCCGCAGAGGAAGGCGACAGCUGCCCCAGCUGCCCCCAACCCCUAGGCCGCGAGUUACCUACUCCCCGGUGGUUCGCCGGCCUGCCAGCGUCUGCUCCCCCCAACAGCAACAGCAGAGCCCUUGCAGAAUGACCAACCCCCUACAACGGAGAUACCCCCAGUGUGACAGCCACGCAGGAAGCAGCGAGAGAAGGGCCACACACAACGACUCUCCUCGAUCCCACCGUCACGCCAGGGGACAUUGCUCUGACGCCCCCCGUGCUGGAUGCAGGCACAGCGGUCCUUACCGGGAUUCCUCCUAUGAGGGCCCUCACCCCUGCGACCAGCGUUCCUCCAGGACUGCCGACCCCGGAGGGGCACCCCCAGUUUCGCCACACGGGCGCAGGCUGCCCAACGGCUAUUCCCACGGGACCCCGCGACCCACAAAAUCUCGUCACGAACGUUACAGUGAGAGUGAGGAGGACGACUGGUGCUAAAAAAACAAACAAAUAUAUAUAUAAAUAUAUACAAAUAUAUCUAUAUAUAUGUUUACAGGAAACAAACAAAAAAAAACUUCAAUCUAGCAGGGAAAUCAAAGACACGUCUGCAAAAAGGAGUGAGAUUGGGGGGAGGAGAAAUACAUGCCCCGGAAAAGAAAAAUACAAAAAUCUCCACCAAAAAAAAGAGAAUCUUCCUUUUUAUUCCCUGCGAAUUUUUUGGGGGGGAAAGGAAGGAUGCCCUCGCAGCAUGCUUUUUAUAAUACAAUAUAUUUUGGGAGGGCUUCUGUACGUUGGAAGAAAGUAGAUGACACUCAGGAGGAUAACAUGUUUACCGCAAACCUCCCCCCUUCUCUCUGAGCACCUCCUCGAUAUGUCAAUUCUGAACCAUUUCAACUGGUCGAAUUUCCCCAUCUAGACGAAGAAGAAGAAGAAGAAACAACAAAAAAAUAAAAAAGAAAAACGCAAAAAAUGGCGUUAGAGUUUCUAAAAAGCUGCUGAGAACUUUUGGAAAAAAAAAACAAAUGUACAAAACAUGGUAUUAUUAUUUAAUUUUAUUUUUUUUCAAUUUGUAUUGAUGAGUUUUAUCAUCCAAAAGAUUGGAUAUAACGUGUGCCGGUUAAUGUUAUGGAGAGAGCACGCAGAUGCACACACACACACGAGUGUUUAGCGCUCAUAUUUGUUCAUAUUGCCUGCGGAAAUGAGAAAAUUAAAAAAAAAAAAACAAAACAAAAAAAAAGGUUGGAGAAAAAAAAAAAAAAAAAAAAAAAAAAGCAGCAUUUGAUUAAACAUCUGAUUUUUUGCUUGAAAGUCCCAAAUCCGAGACAUAAAAAAAAAAAAAAAGAAAAUUGCGUUGCUUAUUUUAAAAAAAAAGCUUUUUUCCGACUUUGUUUGAAAA